AUGGGAUCGGGAACCUCGUCGUCUCCUCUCGUCCCUCCUAAGAAGGCUAGAUUUUACCUAAAGUCAACUUUUCAGAUGCCACCAAAUGCACCAGCUGAACUUGAUGCAAAUGUAGUAGCUCAGGUUCGUUCACAAGUAGCCGAUCUCCUCCAUCCCCGUUAUGAUACUCACUUCAAUAUCCUACGAUGGUUACAAUCCUGUGAGUUCAAUAUACCGAAGACUGUUCACAACCUUCGGAAGCAUCUAAAGUGGCGAAAAGAACGUCAUCUCGACGAGGACGCUCGUGGACUUCAAAGUUGUCCUAUAACUGCUGAAUAUGCCCCGGUUUCCAUCAUCGGACCAAACCGAAAGAAUGGAGAUCGACUGAUCGUCGUGGACCAAAGCGGUGAGGCUUUCUGA